AUGAAUCCAGAUGUGGUAACGAAACUUAUCCCCGCUUACGGAGGUGUCAUUGACAUUGAUGGAUUCAUAUUAAAGAUAGGUCCCGGAUGUCUGGCUAAAGAUACAGAGAUCACAUUAAUAAAACACCAUGAUAGGGAUUUUGCCAUCAAGUCACUGCUCGACUUAGGUCUACUCGAAGCUGUCCCACGAGUUGUUCAAUUCCUCCCAGUCGGCUCGAAAUUCUUGAGACCAGCAGAUCUCACGAUCAGAUUUGAAAACACCGUCUCCGAUUGUGAACCUUUCAUCCUACAUGGUUCUUAUAGACACGACUACCAAAGAAUCGUUUGGGAACUGGUUACUAAUGGUAUCAAAGUAAACAAUGUGGAAAGGGUUGUAAACGCGAAAAUUAACGGUUUCAGUUUCUACUCACUUAUUUCGGCGAGGGGUGUAAUGACGUUACCGCGGAUUUUGAGUCAUCUCAAUCGCUCAUUUACAUGUCGUGCAUACCCCCUCUAUCGUAGACUAUCUACGACGGAUCCAUUAGAGAUUUCGGUUGUCAUAUUCAGUGAGUUUGUUGGUGAGAAUAAAGAAGAAGAUAUUCAACAGUUAAAAGAUCUUCUCGACCAAGGUUACGUUAAAGGAGAAAGAGGAGUGUUGAAACGCGUCCACACAAAUCGUCGUCUCGGAAUAAGUUUACAUUUUCCUGGAGUCGAAAACGUUCCUUUUUGGUUCGAUAUAGAUGAGCCUCAAUUGGAUUCUGUGGGUUUCGUCAUCGAUCAUUUUCACGAAGUUUCAGUAAAGAGUCCGGCAAGGGGAAAAGUGAAGAUAAGCGAAGUAGAUCGCAAGGACGAAAAUGAAUCAUUGUGGAGUAUGCAUGUUCGUGAGAUGGAAGAAAAGUUUAGAGUCGAAGAAACUAAAGGUAAUUUAAAAUUUACCAGUCUUGUUUUGGAAAGUAUGAGACAUUGUGUAUCGUUGUUUUCUUACUUAUGAUGUUGCAUUGCAUUACAUUUACAUUGCAUACUUUUCGAAACAUGAUUAACUGUGAAAGAGUUCUCCUUAUUUUGGAUCAGAGUUUUCUUAUUUGUCUCUACUUUUGUAAGUAGAAAUUUCGAAAUCCUUAAUUAAUCCGGUCAGAGUUGGUCAGAUCCCUGAUCCGAUCAGUCGGGAAUCGAGUCGGUCAGAUCUUUGACAUGACAAUCGCUCAGCUGAAAUGUCCUACAAGCAGGAUAAAGUACCUUCUCACGCCCUUGGCAGUACAUAAAGUCGGUUGCAAUCAAUGCCAAGCUAGCCAUAGCAACAGGUCCUGCUACGCAAAUUUUUACAUCAUUCAAACCUGUAGAAAUGUAUUGUUUUAUUACCUGUUUAGAUGAAGGUUUAUUGGCAUAGCAUGACUAGUUGCCAUGACUAGUUUCUCCACUGGUUGCAAUAUAUGGCAAAUACGUUAAAGAGUUGAAACACGUGCAUCAAUAGUUUUACCAGAGAGUCUUUUAAAUUUAACCUAAGAACUUUCAUUUUGAGCUUAAACGAUUCAGUUGAAUACUUCUCUUGCCGGAAUGUACUCCUAUAUUAUUUAUUACCGAAUUACUUAUUGUCAUCUUUGUAUAGUGUGUUCGGUUUUAAUGUUUUAUGGUAAAGAGCCAUUAUGGUAUGUAAUAAUGUCAUAAAAUAAAGAUCCAUAUAAAAGGGCCACUUACGUCGGAAGCUUUGAAGUUUCUGUCCUCGCGCAUGUCGCAUUACGCAUAUUGGCCGCCAUUUUCCUAGCCAGUCGAUGACAUUUUCUGGCCAAUAAACACGCUGUACAGCUGGCUGGCUGCUCCGACUUCUGGCCAAUAAACUGCAUAUUUUUGCAUAAAAAAACGCGGACACAUUGCACCGCUGAGUGGCAUGGCCCUUCUGUUACUGAUCUUUAUUCUGUGAUAAUGUCACCUUCUUGAUCUUAUCUUACGUCACAGCGGCCAUGUUGGUAGUAUUUCAACAAAUGAAUCUCAUUAUUUUUCAUUGAAUUUGGCUCCAAUAUGACCACUCUUUUAAUUUGCUUUUCAAUUCCUAAGAGAUUGCUUGCAACCCACCUUUUUUAAUUGUUUUCAAGCACCUUUACUAAAGCUAGAACUAAAUCUCUUUGAAUACUUUAAAUGGCUUGUUCAGAAAAAAAUUUGUAGAAUUUUGGAAAAAAUUCGGUGUAAUCUUUAUGUAUUAUGGUCGACCAUUCUCAAACAAUUGAAUCGCUUGAAUUUUUUUGAUCAAUCGAUCAUUAUAUAAACGAAGUUACCAAUGAUGUAAAACAUUUUAUUAUAUGAUAUAGAGUGAGAUACUAAAAAAUACACAGUGAGAUCUUUUCCAUAUCUUCCCUAGUGAAGAUAUCGAUCACGUAACUUUUUCUAAUUUGCUUUUGAGUGUGAAAUUUUACAAUUUGCUUUUGAGCGUUAAAUUUCUCGUGUUAAAAACAAUAUUUUACUGCUACGCACGUUAGUAAAAUAUUGUUUUCACCACUCGAAGUCCAAAAGUCUUUUUUUCGCGCCGCCGUGCAAUAUGUAACAAUUAUUGAAUGAGGUUGAGCACGAUAUGAAGAAUUAUCAAGCCCGAAGUGUGCCAUUAUAUACAUCAAGAAUUGGGAAACUGACUGUUCUUACCUAUUCUAGAAGCUUUUGUUGAUCUUUUUGUAUUUAACGAAUCUUUAUCUUCCAGUAAUUUUUCAAUUUCGGUUUCGCCAAGGUUGGCAAACCUUUCAGUGGAAGAAGCCAUUUGUAAUCCUCGUCGUCAUAUCAAUGGCGUCAGCGAGUCAAUAUGAUUCUCGUUGUCAUAGUAAUAUGGCGCAAACGCGUCCAAAUUUUUUUCUUAUUGACUCUUUGACGUCAUUUUGCUAAUAUGAAUGUGAAAAAUCCGUAUUUGGUUAGGCAUUGAGUUGAUAUGGCAAUUUCACAGUUGGCUGUUAGCCAAUCAGAAGCCAGGAACUUUUUAAAUAAAUAAUAAAUUGAUUUAUACUCCACAGUGCUAACAUAUUUCUUAUUUUUAUUUUAGUUAUUGACUCGGCGUCAAACCCUGAACCAAAAGGUAUAUGUAUGACAUGAUGCCUGGAAAAAAAUUAAUUUUUUCAAAUUUCGUAGAUCCUCAUUUAAGCCCUCUCCCCGCAUGACAUUUUCAUUUCAGUCAUAGAUAGGUGGCUUAAAGAGAAGGAAGGUUUGUUAAAUUUUUUUCUCUCAUCAUUGGUCUGAAAGGAAACUUGAUAAAAAGAUUUACGCUAAAUAUGAUAUUAUUGCCCAUGCACCAUAGUAAAUAUUAACCUUUGUUUCCCAUUCCUAGUUGUGUAUUCGGACACAAAACUUACAAAAGGAGAAAUUACUCGAAUGAGCUGCGGGGUUGGAUUUGAUUGGGACAGCUUAGGAGGGCUCAUGGAUAUUCCGUAUUCUGAUCGAGAAGAAAUUAGAGUCGACAACCUGAAUUAUCCGGGCAUUUCAUCGAAAGCCAAGAAAGCUUUCGAGCUUUUAAACGACAACCCGUUUUUCGAUCGUCAUAUUCUUGUAAAAUAUUUCAAGGAACUUGGUCGGCACGAUUUGGAAGAAAAAAUGCUUCCUGUUGACCAGGUAUUUUAUAAUGGAGAGUUUUCUUUGCCCCAUGAUCCAAGUUUUAUAUGCAUACUGGAGCUGUUCCUUCCAUUAUUAAAUGUUCUUCGUUAUAAAAAAUAACUGUGUCUGUGCACUAUCUUUCUAUGUCGUUUUCUAAGUAUUACGCAAUAAUUUAGGUCUUUACUUAGAAAUUAUAAAACAGUGAAGUACAGUAACUUGCUUCGUCUAUGCUUUCCUGUUUACAUAAGUUUUAUUUUGUUUAAUAAAAAGAGUGCAUCGGUUACCAUGGUUUGGUAAAAGUUGAUUUCUUUUUCUUGAUAGAAAGUUUCAUACGAUCAUUCCAUUUACACCUUUUGCACGUUUUAGAGCAUUUUAAAAUUCUCUUAUGAGUUCUGGCGAGGAAGAGGAAAUAAUGUGCAUGUUGAUCCCGAACGGGAAUUUUCCAAUCAAAAUUUGCUGUCCUAUUUUGCACGAAUUCAAAGUAUAUGAGUUUUUUGUUAAUGGUAACCAACCAAUGAACCUGAUUGCUUUUCUCUAAACAGGAUGGAAGUGAAGAAGUAAAACCACCACCAACGCCACCUGCACUCACCGAAGAAGAUUUGUUACGCACACGUCUCUCUGCACGUGAAAUGUCCAGACUCGGUCGAUGCAUUGGGCAGUGGGAGCAGCUCGCUGGUCUUAUGAAUAUACCCAGAGCAGAUAUAGAUGAACUUCGAUAUAGCCUCAUAUACCAGGAUAAUCGUGCUCAAGCUGAGAAAAUUUUAUCCAUUUUCAACAACAUGGAAGGAUUCUCACGUGAAAAGCUGGCUCGCUGCUUAGAAGAAAUCCAACGGUUGGACUUGGUCCAGCCAGUUAAGACAGGAGAGUGGAGAAACUUAUGA